AUGGCUGACAACCCCUCGACCUCCCCGGACGCCGCCACCAAAGAAGCGCAGCAGUUCUGGGGCUACCUCUUCAGGCCCGACAAGCGCGGCACUGACCUGCUCAACCGCCUGCUCGCAGGCAUCGCAGUCUACGUGGCCACCCAUUUCGGACCCACCGAAGACUGCGCCGACAUCACGCCCACCCAGCUCGCCGGCUUCUACAAGGCCGUCGGCGGCGACUAUGACGUCCUCUUUGUCGACACCCCCGCGCCCUCGGUGGCCUUCAUAUACAAGUCGCUGGGAUGCCUACAUUCGCUGCAGCCCGGCCGAGAAGCCGACGGUUACAGCAUCCCGACCAUACCCGCCCUCAAACGCAAGGGCUUCAUAACAUGGCAGACCAUACAGCUGCUGCUCGGCCCGGACGAGCAUGUGCCGUUCCUGCAAGGUGCUGUCGAGAAGUUCGACAUCGUGGAUCCGGGCACCGGCAAGGUCUUCCCCAAACUGCUGCCCAAGGAGUCUUUUCCAGAAAGGCCCGACGAGGACAUGCUGCGCUGGUACGAGAGCGUGUCGACCCGCCUGCGUGAGGAAUGCGAAGCCGAGGAGGAACAUGAGCAGCGUACUCGCACGCCGCGGUCCGGGCGGCGUGGCGAUGCCGGGGAUCGCUUUGACAGCGACGGGUCCAACGAAGAGAACUCGGCCGACGAGCGCACUGGCGCAGCUGCCUACUUCCGCGACCCGCUAUACCGUGACCGUGGCGCCCGUCCUACCAUAAUCCGCCGCUUCUCACGCGCUGACUACAAGGCCCGGUCGCCCCGCGAGUUUGUGCAAGACCGCGGCCGACUGGUCGCCAACACCAUAAGCCGCCACAUGUGGACGCCUUGGGGCAAACCUGACAAGUACGAAAAGCGUCGGAAGAGCACUUCUCCGUAUUCUGAGGACGCAGCAGGUGAUUACGAUGACGAUGCGGACCCUACCCCCACAGGGCCGCUCCCGAGGCAUUCGCAUCACGUCCACGGGUCUUCGAGCCCCAAGCCACAUUCCUCCCAUAAACAAAGAAACGGUCCACGAAAGGCCACCUUCCGCACAUACCAGAGCGAGAGUUCCUCCGAUUCUGAAGAUUUGCCCCGCACUUCUGAACGUCUGCCCGGAGACCACCGAACACGCCAGAACCAUAACGUCCCGCUUCGCCAUCGGCGCAGUCACUCCCCGCCCUCUUCGCCGCGCGAAUACUUCCCACCAUACGGCGAUUACAUUCAUGGCAGAAGAUAUAGCCACAACAACCAUGGCACCUACCCGUACACGCGUGUGUCAAAUCAGCACAGGCGUACAGACUCCGAUCCCCCGCUCCGUGCUACCAAGGACCAUAGGGACCGGGCUGAUAGAGGCAGUCCGCGCGAACGUGAGCAUCAUAGCCGUGACCGUGGCCGGGACCACGAACGUGCGGAGAGGGAAACUGCGCGCCAAAACCCGCGUGAACGCCGCAGUUCUCGGGAGCAGUUUAUUCCCGCAGCGUCUCCUGCGCCACCGACCCCGCCCCCGAUCAAGACCUACUCUGGAACCAAUCUAUCUGCUCUAGGUAGUGGUGGCCGCAACUCCUCGCGGCCUAGCCCUAGUGGUUUCAAGCCGACCACCGAGCCGCUAUUUGCAACUCAAGUAGCACACCUCCAACCUCCGCCCACACAACUAGGUCCAAAUGGGCCCAGCGUCCCCACUAGCUCUAUGCAAGGGAGCCCCAUCCAAGCUGCGCAGUAUCCCCGCCCCGCAUACUACAACGACCAUGCUGGUGCCCAGCUACAUGGCCGACGCCCCAGCUAUCCACCGCGUGGUCCUUCAGCAACAGGUGCAGAUCGGUUGCCACUUCCGGUGAGGGCUCAGAGCGUGCGAUAUCCUGGUAGUGCAUCACCACGCUGGGCCGGCAGCAGAAACAGUAGUGUGGAAAGGGAUUUCAGAGAGCCGCGAAGGGAUAGAGCCAGCGGGCACAGAUACGUGCAGGGCGUCGCCGGAGGCUCGUUAGAUGGAGUGGGCGGACGGAGGUAUCCCGUUGACGGACGGUAUUAA